AUGCCCAGCAUCGAUCAAUCUGCCCUUGAACGACUUCGUGGAGUACUCUCUUCGAAUGCAUUGGUUAAUUUACCCGGUGACCCUGAAUACACUAACAAGCGUUGGGCACGCAAUGCCGAAAAAACCGCAGCUAUUGUCGCUUACCCUGCUACUGCUCAAGAUGUCGCACAAAUUAUCACAUUUGCGCAGGGCAAAUCCCCCUAUGAGACUCAAUCAAAACUUGACUUGGCUGUCAAGGGGGGUGGACACGCGCCAUCCGGUGCUUCGAGCUCGGAGGGCGGCUUAGUUAUUGAUCUCAACCCGAAGAUGAACAACGUCCGUGUAGACCCAGAAGCCAAGCUUGCAUAUGUUCAAGGAGGGGCGCUUUGGGCCGAUGUAGACAACGCAACUUUCCCCCACGGUUUGGCAUCUGUUUCUGGAGUCGUCAGCCACACCGGGGUUGACUCUGAAAAUCCAGACUUGUUUUGGGCAGUCAGGGGAGGAGGGGGAAAUUUUGGUGUGGUCACCGAGUUUGUUUUGAAGUUGCACGAACAACGGGCCGAAUUGUGGGGAGGAAUUUUGAUGUACCCACCAACCAUGCUUGAGAAGUUGAUUCCAGAAAUCAACUCGUGGCUUUCAGAGCGAACUCCAACUGAGAACGCUCACCUAUUAUUUACUCGUGCGCCUACUGGGCAGCCCGUCGUUGGGAUUCAGUUGGUGUAUAAUGGCGACGCAGAAGCCGGGGCCAAGAAAUUUGAACGAUUCAUUAACCUGGGACCAAUCGUAACCAACCUACAGUCAAUUCCAUACCUGGAGCUCAACCGACCCGUUCGCACAACAUGGUUCUUACCUGGCCUGUUCAACUUAUGGUUGGGGCUCAUAACCGAACACCCAGCUGCAUCACCCUCGGUCUUUGUGCUCGAACUAUACCACCCUGGAGUAUAUAGCUCCGUACCUAAGGAUGCCACCGCAUAUGCUCAUCGUACUCCGACAUAUAAUAUUGGAUAUCUUAUGGAAUGGACUGAUCCCGCUUGGACCGAUCAGUCCAUUCCAACGGUACUUGCGUUGGACAAAGAGUUUGUCAAAUUACGCAACACUCAUUUCUCCCCUGAGCUCGUCGGAGAAGGAAGUUAUCUCAAUUAUCAAGAUGCAGAGAGCCAGAAAGGUGGCUCGUCUCGUCGCUUUGGGUCGCACUUCCCUCGCCUGGUCGAGAUCAAACACCAAUAUGAUCCGGAGAACCUGUUUGGAAAAUGGUUUGCUUUGCCCACUAAGGCUUGA